GAGGGCAGGUUGUCCUGUAGGAAUGGGGGAAAGGUGACAGAGUCUCAACCACUGCCUCCAAGAACAUCUGUGUAGCUCCCUGCGAGACCCUCUGCCCUCUCCCCUCCCUCCAGCCUGGGCGAGCAGGGACUAAGCUUGCUGAUUAUCACCUGACACUGUGCAGCCACGGAUCCCAUUGGUGGAGCCAGAUUCGGUCUGGCUCUCUCGUUCCUUCUCGCCUUCUCUGCCUCUCUCUCUCCUCCACGCUGCUUGGAUUUCACUCUUGCCUCUCAUCUUUCGCUCCUCCUCGCACUCGGCUGGGCUGGGAACAUCGUGUCGCUGGGGCAGCAGCCGUUUGCUGCGGAGCCAGACGGGAGCUGCCUGCGGGGCAUGGAAGCUGCCUCCUUGGCAGCCGGGAGUGGAGUGAGCGAGCGCCACUGCCUGUGACCCAGGUGUCCAGCCACUGUGUCCCUGCCUGGGGACCUCAUCCACAGAGGUCCUCCCUUCCCUCCCUGCCCGGUCAUCCUCUGCAGAGCCCAGGGAAGCCAGGAGUCCAUGCAUGAAGCCACUGGCAUCUGAUUGCAGGGUGGGAAGCUAAGAAGAAACAAGACUCGGGGGACACCUGGGGUAGGCACAGGGUGCCCCCACCUCUAGCUCCUGGAUAAGGGGAAGAGAGACAGAAGGAAGAGAGCAGAGAAGGAGGUGGCAUUGAGCUGCGCCAGGAGACAAACCAGAGGGGAGCAUGGAGCUGCUGUCCACCCCCCACAGCAUCGAGAUCAACAACAUCACCUGCGACUCCUUCCGCAUCUCCUGGGCCAUGGAGGACAGUGACCUGGAGAGGGUCACCCAUUACUUCAUUGAUCUCAACAAGAAAGAGAACAAGAACUCCAACAAGUUCAAGCACCGGGAUGUCCCCACCAAGCUGGUGGCCAAGGCAGUGGCCCUGCCCAUGACAGUGAGAGGCCACUGGUUCCUGAGCCCCCGCACGGAGUACAGUGUAGCUGUGCAGACAGCGGUGAAGCAGAGCGACGGCGAGUACCUGGUGUCCGGCUGGAGCGAGACCGUGGAGUUCUGCACUGGGGAUUACGCCAAGGAGCACCUGGCCCAGCUGCAGGAGAAAGCCGAGCAGAUCGCUGGCCGCAUGCUCCGCUUCUCUGUCUUCUACCGCAACCAUCACAAGGAGUACUUCCAGCAUGCCAGGACCCAAUGUGGGAACAUGCUGCAACCCUAUCUGAAGGACAACAGUGGCAGCCACGGCUCCCCCACCAGCGGCAUGCUCCACGGCGUCUUCUUCAGCUGCAACACUGAGUUCAACACUGGCCAGCCUCCCCAGGACUCGCCCUAUGGCCGCUGGCGCUUCCAGAUCCCCGCCCAGCGCCUCUUCAACCCCAGCACCAACCUCUACUUUGCAGACUUCUACUGUAUGUACACAGCCUACCACUAUGCCAUCCUGGUGCUGGCACCCAAGGGUUCCCUGGGGGACCGCUUCUGUCGUGAUCGCCUGCCCCUCCUGGACAUUGCCUGCAACAAGUUCCUGACCUGCAGUGUGGAGGGUGGGGAGCUGGUCUUCCGUCAUGCCCAGGACCUCAUCCUGGAGAUCAUCUACACUGAGCCCGUUGACCUGUCCCUGGGCACCCUGGGGGAGAUCAGCGGGCACCAGCUCAUGAGCCUGUCCACUGCUGAUGCCAAGAAAGACCCCAGCUGCAAGACCUGCAACAUCAGUGUGGGCCGCUAGGGACUCCUGGGGAGCUGAGGGUCAGGGAGAGAUGGCAGGAGGGCGGCUUAGGUUCAGGGAGCUGGCUCUCUCUCCCCUGCCCCCGCUCCCGCUGCUCCAUCCACCCUACCCCCAUCCCUUGGCACCGGAAGCAACCGAGGGUGGUCUUCUUGGUAAGCGUGGCCCACCCCAGGCCUGGUGGACUUGCAAAGGCUUCUCAGCCUCAGGAGGUCCGUAGGUGGGUUGGAUUUUGGGAGAACUCCCCCUUCCUUUCCUCUGCUUUCCUUCUCCUAGUCUUUGCCUUAUCCAAGCCUCCAUCUCCUAGAGUCCUGCCUGCCCCCAGGCUCUCCUGGGGAAGCCCCUCGGGGCUUGGCUGCCUCCAGAGAGCUGCAGAGAGCUGUGGGGCACCUCCUCCUUAGCCCCACUCACCCCACUCAGGGCCACCCCAGAGAGCCCCCUCCCUGCUGAGCUGGGCCUGGGGCUCCACUCCAGCCUGGGACUCUCCCCUCUAUAAAUAGCCUCCUGCACUGCUGUCAUGCCCUGGCUGCCCCUUGCCCCCAAGAACCCUCUUCCUGCAUGGGAGAGCUGUCCUUCUCUUCCUCUCCCUCUCCACUCCAGAUGUCCCCCUGCCUCUUUCUUCUUCUGGCUUCGGGACCCUGGGCUAUUGGGCUUUUCCUUUCUUCUGUCUGGAGAUGCUAUAUUCCCCAGGAAACCUUUCCCUGGCUCAGGGAGCUCCGGGGUCUGGAACAGCAGCCACGGGGGGUCGAGGAGGGGGAAGGAGACCCCUGAGACCCCGUCCUCAGCCGGACCUUACCCGAUGGGACUUAGAGACGCGGAACUAAAGACCUGAAGGCUGCCCGCAGAGCCCUGGCACCCUGCCUGGCUGUGUGCUUUGCUUGCCCACUCUGCCUCAGUGCCAUGACUGCUCUGUGCAGUGUGGGAUCUGACUGGGCUCGUGGCCUCUCCCGCCCCGCACCUGCCCACUGGCCAUUGGCCCUCCUGGACACUCCCCUGGGGUGCCCUUGGCAAAGCCCUCCCUGGGCUUUCUGUGUUUUCACCUCGUUCCUACUGUCGCACGGGUCAUGAGGCUGGUGAGGGUGGCCCCUGGCUCCCCUUCCUGAGAUGAGCAAAGCUGGAGGGGAAACUGGGGAGGUGCUGGUGGAGGCAGCAGAGGGCAGCCCCACUGUGACUUCCACAGAAGUGACAGGGAUGACAGACAAGCAGCUGGAUUUCUGUGAUGAAAGACAGAGGGGCUGGCAGGCCAGUGAGGCUGUUCCUGUGUGUGGGGACAGGGAGUGCUGUGGUGGGCUGAUCCUUGGGGUGGUCAGGAGGCCUGGGGCCUCUAGGAAAUUUGUGGAGGAGAGGACUUGGGUCCUCAGGCCCUUCCCACCCAGGCGGAUGGCAUUGCUGUGGGGGUGGCCCGUUGCCCUUCUCCAGCUGUGUCCUUCCUGGGCGGGGCACACCCGCCUCUGCUGUGCUUGCGAUGUACAUCAAUAAACCACAUGGCCUGAG